AAAAAUAAGGAGUAUGUAAGCAUUGCUAAAGGCGGAUUUAUGGCCCUUCAGCAGCACUUAGCAGAUAUCAAUGUGGAAGGACCCGAAAAUGGAUAUGGCCACUGGAUUGCUAGUACCUCAGGCUCAAGAAGUAGUAUAAACUCCUCUGUUGAUGGUGAUUCUCCUAAUGGUUCAAGUGAUGGAAAAGGAGUAAAGUCCCUGGUGAAUAAAAUGACGGUUGCUUUAAAGACUAAAUCUGUGAAUGUGAAAGAAAAAGUUAUUAGUUUUAUUGAAAAUACAUCUACUCCAGUGGACAGACAUGUAAGCAGCAGUGACAGAGUAGGAAAACCCUACCGUGGUGUGAAACCAGUAUUCAGCAUCGGAGAUGAAGAAGAAUAUGAUACUGAUGAAAUUGAUAGCUCUUCAAUGUCAGAUGACGAUCGAAAAGAGGUCGUCAACAUCCAAACAUGGAUAAAUAAACCUGAUGUGAAGUAUAACUUCCCUUGUAAUGAAGUAAAAGAAAAUGGGCAUAUGUUUCCCAGUCAUCUCCUAGUAACGGCAACACAUAUGUACUGUUUGAGAGAGAUUCCAUCACGAAAAGGACUGGCUUAUAUACAGUCUCGACAAGCACUCAACUCUGUAGUCAAAAUCACAUCCAAGAAGAAACACCCAGAACUGAUCACCUUUAAAUAUGGAAAUAGCAAUACUUCGGGCAUAGAAAUUUUGGCAGUUGAAAGGUAUUUGAUUCCAAAUGCAGGUGAUGCUACCAAAGCCAUAAAACAACAGAUCAUGAAAGUAUUGGAUGCCUUGGAGAGUUAAUAACUAAAGACUUUGUAGAGAAUGGUUUAUAAAGAAGCAACCAAGAUACUGUAUGUGGACACAAGCUGACUGUUUCCCAACUGAAUACUAACUUAAGAGAAUUUUUCUGUUUGCUGAUGGGAGUGCCUGAAUAUCAGGCUUAAGAUAGGGUAAAUUAUUAUCAACUUCUGAACAGGAUUUUUAAUUUUUUAAUUAUAUUGCUUUUGUUUUGAAGAAAUGUUUAUUAUAAAGGUCAGUUUGUUUCAUU